AUGUACAAGCUUAAAGGCAGAAGUUUCUGGGAGAUCCCUUGUAGAGGCCGCAUGUCAUGGGGAUGGAGGAAACUUCUUGCGAUUCGUAGUCUUAUUCGGCCAUUCUUAUGGAAAUCAAUUGGGAGUGGGGCUGAUACGAAUGCAUGGAGUGAUAUGUGGUGCGAUUAUUCCCCUCUUCGAGCUUUCAUCAGUCCUAGAGUUAUUGCUAAUGCAGGCUUCACCAUACACUCCUCGGUUGCUGACUUGGUUAAUCCGUAUGGUCAAUGGAGAUGGCUGGUUGCUUGGCAUGAUAUUUUCCCAGUUUUAAUUAAUAUAGAUGCCCCCAGUUUAUGUGCAACUGUUUGUGACCGGUUGAUUUGGAAGGACCUUCAUGGUAAUGCACGGCCUUUUUCUUCUUCGGAGGUUUGGAACAAUAUCCGACAUCGUGAGAGUGAGGUGUCAUGGGUUAACAUGGUGUGGUUCAAGCAAUGUAUUCUGAAACACUCGUUUCACCUUUGGUUGGUUAUUCGUAACAAACUUAAGACACAUGACAGAUUAUCUGUGUGGGAAGCAGGUUUGGAACAAUAUCCGUUGUCUUACAGAUAUGGAAGAUGUGAAUGGUAG